AUGCAUGAAAUUCGUACCAAAGCUGUAUUUAAGGCAAAUAUUAGCCACAGCCUACAGGGACGAUGGAGAUCCCAACUCCUCCAGAACUUUCUCUCACGUUCCAGCAGUGCUCUGGAACUUUCUACACUUCUCUCCGCCUUGUUCCCCACGUUGCCUUCUCCUAUAUAAACCCUUUUUGCUUCUCUCUCUGCAACGAAUUUUGCAAGACAAAUUACAAUCACAGUUACUGAAAACUCUCCUACGACAAUGGCCUCAUCAAUUGCCCUGCGACGAGCUGCGCCUGCGACCCUUCUCGGCAGGCUCCUGAAUGGAAUCCGCUCUGCAUCAAUUGCGCCCUCAGUCACCCGCUCCUUCAACACGAAUGCUCAGAGGAGCAGCUUCGACGACGACGAAGACCGCAGCGUCGCCGUCGACCGCCAGUCCGAUCGCUCUAUCUCUCGCCGCCGCGACACCCUUCCCGGUUUUUUCUCAGGUAAUGUGCUGGACCCGUUCUCCCCAUCGCGAAGCGUGAGCCAAUUGCUGAACUUGAUGGACCAGUUGAUGGAGAACCCAUUUGUGUCGGCGUCGAGGGGGAUGGGGAGGAGAAGCUGGGACGUGAAGGAGGACAACGAUGCUCUCUUUCUGAGAAUGGACAUGCCUGGGCUCGGCAAGGCGGACGUGAAGGUGUCGGUGGAGCAGAACACACUGAUCAUCAAAGGCGAAGGAGAGAAGGAAGCGGAUGAGGAUGAAGACGUGCGGAGGUAUUCCAGCAGGAUCGAACUCCCUCCGAAUCUGUAUAAGGUCGAUUCCAUCAAGGCGGAGAUGAGGAACGGCGUGCUUAAGGUUGUAGUGCCGAAAGUGAAGGAGGAAGAGAGGAAAGAGGUGCAUCAGGUGAAGAUCGAGUGAGGAUCGAGAGUGAUGGUUGGUGUUUUGGUUGCAGGGUUUUAGAGCGGGGUUUAGAGCAUGUUUUGUUUUGGAUUUCUAAGUGUAAUAGAUUUCCUGCUUCAAUGAAUAUUAUUAGUUCAAUCAACA